AUCGGAACGCUCGGAUCACUGACCCAUCCCCCCUAGUUGGCCCCCCCACCCUCGGGCUUUAAAAGUUUUUGCACGCUGCCCAUCGUCCCGGCUGAGCUCUCGACUGUCAAACCCCACCGACGAGCUGCUUCAAGACAUGGAGCGAACAUUCAUCGCAGUGAAGCCGGACGGCGUCCAGCGAGGCCUGUGUGGCGAGAUCAUCAAGCGAUUCGAGCAGAGAGGCUUCCGUUUAGUCGCAUGCAAGAUGAUACAGGCGUCCGAAGAGCACAUGAAGACGCACUACGCCGACCUGAAGGAGACGCCCUUCUAUGGUGGACUGUGCAAGUACAUGGCGUCCGGACCCAUCCUUGCCACGGUGUGGGAAGGGCGGAGCAUCGUCAAAUUGGCACGAAUGAUGCUGGGAGAAACCAACCCGGCCGAGUCCAAACCCGGAAGCAUUCGAGGAGACCUGUGCAUCGACAUUGGCAGGAACGUGAUCCACGGAAGCGACACAGUCGAAAACGCAAAGCGUGAGAUCGAUUUGUGGUUCAAGGCUGACGAGAUGCUGGACUACGCCCCCUGUGCGCAGGCCUGGCUUUACGAGUGAAACGCCGUUGCUCUCAAUGGUGAUGGAAAGCAGUCAUCAAUAAAGCCUCGUGUGAUGGGCCACUCUCUGACUUUCAA